AUGGCUGCCACCUAUGCAGAUGGCGCCGCCCCCGUCGCCUGCCGGGGCCCCCCCGGAGCUGCCCCCGCCCUCGGCAGCCCCCCCGCGGGGGGUGAGGAGGAGGAGGAGGGGGACGAAGAGGAGGAGGAGGUGGAGGAAGGGGAGGUGGAGGAGGAGGAGGAAGGGGAGGAGGAGGAAGAGGAGGAGGAGGAGGAGGAGGAGGAGGAGACCCCCCCUCCCGACGACCUCGGCACCACCCAGCAGCCCGUGCCUUGCAACGCGACGCUGACGGAGGCCGAGGGCUGGCUGGAGGCGCCGGCCGCCCCGGGGGGGCCGGGGGGGCUCGACUGCACCUACCGCAUCCAGGUGCAGCCAGGCAACGGCGUGGAGCUGCAGGUGACGUGGCUGAACCUGUCGCAGGGGGAGGCGCUGACGGCCCAGAGCCCGGGGGCCGGGACCCCCCCCGGGCCCGACGAGGGCACCAGCCUGGGCCCCGGGCAGGUGCUGCGCAGCCCCGGCGACCGCCUGCUCGUCCGCUUCCGCAGCCCCCGGCCCGCCGCCCCCGGCGCCUUCCGCCUCCGCUACCGGGGCUUCGGGCCGGGCUGCGGGCGGCCGCGGCGGCCGGCGCACGGGGCGGUGACGCUCAGCGGGUCGGGCCCCGGCGCCAGGGCCGCCUUCCGCUGCGCCCCGGGCUUCCGCCGCCGCGGCCCCCCCGCCCUGCGCUGCCUCCCCGGCAGCCCCCCCCGCUGGAGCGCCGCCCCCCCCGCCUGCCUCGGUCAGUGACCCCCACCCCCGCGCGGGAGGGGCUUGUGGGGGGGCGGGGCUUGGGAGGGGGC